GUUAACGUCCCUCAGAUUAAAACGCUAAUCCCUCUGUUACCUGAGGCUAAUACCACGGGACAUAUCUACAAAUUCCGUCAGUCACCUACUGGCUUCAUGUCUGGGGUAUUUGUCUUUGUGUUCUAAGACUGGGCGAUAAAGUUCCAGCGCCCAUGCUCCUUCCUCAAACGCUGGGAGAGGAAGCGCCUCAGUUGUACGUGGUCGAGGGAUGUUCAGAUUCGCUGCUAGACAGUCAACGGGCUGUCAUGUAAAAUAGCCUCCUCGAGGAAAGGCGUGGUUUGGGUACAAAAGACGCCGAUAAAAAAGUUUACAAAGUGUGUUCAGCAUGAGAAUCUCGUGGGAGGACGAGUGAUCAAUACUCUCUGUACAGUGAUCACACACAGUUGAUCGCCGUCGGCUCGCCAGUCUGCACUUGUUAGUCCUGCAUAGCCUAAGUGAAUGAAAGUGUGACCGCUACCUGGACUCUUGGAAUAUCGGGUUCGGACCAGUUUUCCAUCAUGGUCAACGACAGUGACGGCUCCACAGAGUCUGUAUAUUACGACUUUGACCCGUCACAGGCGUUCUACCCUGGUGAAAGGCGGCACGUCCCGCAUUGGGAGAUAUGGAUAAAAUGCGUGUUUUAUACAAUUAUAAUUGGGUUUUCACUGCUUGGCAACAUUUUGAUUGUCCUGAUUGUGUAUCGUCACAAACGAAUGAGGACUACGACGAACUUCUACAUUGUUAACUUGGCAAUUGCUGAUCUGAUGGUGACGGUGUCGUGCACGUGGGUCUCUCUCGUCGACGACGUUACAGAGGGAUGGGUGCUCGGGGAGUACUUCUGUAAAUUCAACACUUUUGCUCAUGUUCUCUCCCUUGUUGCCAGUGUGCUGACCUUGACCUUAAUCGCCUACGACAGAUUCUUUGGAAUUGUUUUCGCAAUGAAGGCGCAUAUGUCAGAAAGGAAAGCUAAAACCUCCAUAAUAGUUGUAUGGUUGUGUUCCGUGAUAGUUGGAUCUCCUUUGCUGUUUUUCCGAAUUUUAAAUAGACGUCAAUGGAAGGACCAUUUAGAACUGUGGUGUGACGAUGACUGGCCAGUGGCACACAUACUGGAUCCAGUCACGAAUACAACACGAGUUGAAAUGCCCUGGCGAACUGCUUAUUACACAGGUGUCUCUGUAGUAUUGUUCUUUAUGCCAAUGUUGGUCAUGUCCAUAGCCUACUCAGUCAUCAUCUGGACACUCAAAACACAAACAGCACCUGGGGAAAACGUGCCACGUAACAACUCGGGCCAGAACAGAGCGAGAAAGAAGGUGAUCUUCAUGUUGGUGGUGAUCCUCGUGGUGUUCGCUGUGUGUUGGCUGCCCACCCAAGUGUAUCUACUGUACACUGAACAUCGCACAGAAAGACUCACGAUGGGAGAUUGGUAUCAGAAGUUUGAAUUUGCAGCCAGGUAUCUUGCGUAUUGCAACAGCGCUCUUAACCCACUAAUUUAUGCUGGAUUUAAUGACAAUUUUAAACAAGGCUUAUGGAAGAUCCUUGGUAUUGCCACCCGGAAGCCUUCAUUCCUCUGCGGGGAAGGGAAGUCCUACGGCACCUACAGCAGCACUGGCUUGACGUCGGUCCAGCUUGUAACAGCCCCUGGUGCUGACAGUCCAGUGAAAGGAGGCAUGGCUGUGACGGCGGUAUAGAAAAGUUAUUCAAGGAUGCCAUGUCUGAAGCUGGUUUGCUGCAACAGAAUGGAGGCUCCAGAAACAACCCAAACAUCAGACAAACAGUACAGUGAUGACGACUCGGAAAGAAAAUAUUUACUUCAAUCUUAAAGGAAUAACGUUACACCCAUGGUGCGGUAACGUCCAUGUCAUUACACGUAUCAACAUUGUUACUUAUAGGUCUAUGACGUGAAGCAAGUGUUUCCGUGUUGUUACCCUUCUGGUCUAAAACGUAUUCAUCAUGAUGAAGUGACACCAGGCCUCUACCAAAGAAACAGCGCAGUUACAUCUGGAAAUGAUGGUUUUGGUUUGAAUGAGCUGUCCCAAAUAGUUACCUUCUCACAACUGGAUGAUUAUGUAGUGUUGAUUACAUGUUUACCGGAGACACUCAGUGUCACAUUGAGUUGCAGUUGCAGUGUAAUCAAAGAAUGUCUCAGCUGUACCCUAUGAUGAU